GAACUAUCGAUUUCGCGAGCGAAAGGUGGCACACGGUUGGCCAUCGAUUCGACGCUCGUCUAAAAGGAUUGUAGUUGGUGAUUCCCAAAAGACGGGACACUCGGCGGAGGAAUCGUACGUUCGAGGAGGAACCGUCCAGCGGAACCAGUGGACCAGUUCAUCUCCGCGAACGAGCCGAUUGUAGGAAUCGGUGGCAAGAUCGUUGUCGCGUUUCACGAACGGAUCCAUCGGAGGAUUUGUUCUCCGAAAAGAAACGGAAAGACAGGGAGGAGAGGAUAAGGAGAGCAGACCUCGGCCAGAGUCAUGCAGAACUAUGGACACGAGGAUUACGAUUACGAGGGUGGAUCGCAACAGGGCACCGGUAGGUCGCUGCCCCAGGUGCCAGGUGUCAGGCCCAUGGUGGAUCCUCAAGCGAGCGGCGAAGUCGAUCCCACAUUGUAUCCGCAGCCAAAAGAGGCAACGAACAAGAUCCGUGGCAAAAGCGACGUGAUCGAGUAUUUAUUCGGGGCCGUGGACCAGGAACUACUCACGGUCAAGACCUUCUACUUCUUUUUUUAUUCGGCGUUCGGCUCCCUCUUUCCUCUGAUGGGAGUCUACUUUAAGCAGAUGGGUAUGAACGCAGCCCAGUGCGGACUUUUGAUCGGACUCAGGCCUCUGAUCGAGUUCAUCAGUGCGCCUUUCUGGGGUUCGUUGGCUGAUAGAUGGCAGAAAGGCAAACUGAUCCUUUUAGCUUCCCUUUGCUGUUGGAUCAUCUUCACCCUUCCUCUGGGCUUUAUUCAACCUCCGGCUACAUCUUGCGUGGUUAUGCGAAACAAUAGCGUGUAUCUGGAGCCAUCGAAUCCCCAGCAGAGGAUUGUCAAGAGGUCGGUCGAUCUCGAUGAAUUGUACAGAAAUCGAAACGAGGAGAAAUGUUUGGAAGUCGCCGCGAACGUUGUGUUUGAGAGAUUACGGAAAAACGAGGACGUCGACGAAGAAAAGAAUGUUUCGGAUAAUACGAGUGACCGCGACGCCGACACCGACGCCGACACCGACGCCGACGCCGACACCGACGCCGACGCCGAACCAGGUAAGCGGAACCUCGCCAGUAACAGGCUUCGAAGAGAGGCUGCUCUCACGACCGAAGGGAGCCGCGUCGAACAAGAGGAACUCGAGUACAAGCAGUUGGUGUUCGACGACAACGCAAACAAUGCCGAAGCCAAGAUCGUCGAUUUCGAGACUUUGCAAAGAAGAAAUCGUCCAGCCGAUGUCCUCGAGUACAAGCGCUUCCUUAACAACCAACCUUUGGACGACGCCGGCGACGGGAGGCCGCCAAAGAAAGCGUACGCGCACACCAAACCCCGGACGAAACCACCGCCGAUAAAGGUCAUGGUGAAACGAGACGCGGAUAAUACGAGACGCGACUCGUCGACGAAUAAUCUCCGUAAACUGAUGUUCUCGGAGUCAAAAGAAGCGAGCGAGGAGAACGAGGAGAACGAGGACGAGGAGAAAAAGAAUAUCGAGGCAUCGCGGCCGUUAUCGUCGGUCAGGGUUCGACGGUACGCUAGGGUGCCUCACUCUGGCCAGAGUCCUCAUACGGUGGCUUACGCUGCCAACUACAACGAACAACAAAACAAGGGAUGGGUGAAGCCGUUGUUCAGCUCGAUCGUCUACAGGCUGCCGGACAUUCAAAAGACCUUCUUUUUGCUAUUGCUGUUGGUGAUAGUCGGCGAGUUCUUCUCGGCACCUGCGAUCACGUUGGCGGAUUCAGCCGUCAUCACUCUGCUGGGCGAAGACGCGGAUAGGUACGGUCAUCAGCGAAUGUUUGGCAGUUUGGGCUGGGGAUUGGCCAUGUUUUUCGUUGGCAUCGCUUUGGAUCACAGCACCGCCUUCCCGGAACAUCCUUGCGGACCAGACGCCAGAGAGAAGAACUACACGAUUUGUUUCGCGAUUUUUAGCGUACUGAUGGGCGCUGCGCUGAUCACAGCCACGCAAAUCAACUUCAAGUACGACGUGAUCGCGACGGAGCCGGAAGUGGUCAAGCCUCCGACGGAACCGACGAGAGAAGAACAAUUGCAGAGUCAACUGUCUCAACAGCUGAACCUCCCCAGUCUUCAGGAUUCGUCAGCCGCGGUGAAUCCGAAGCCUCAGCCGCCGGAAGGCAAGACGAAAAUGUUUGCUCAAACGAUGCGAGAGAUCCCGGAAUGGGUAACCGUACUCAAGCAAUUCAAAGACGUAAAGUGCGCGUCCUUCCUUUUCGUCGCCUGGUUCAUGGGCUUCGGUAUCGGACUGAUCUUCACUUUCUUGUUCUGGCAUCUUCAAGAUUACGGCGGCACGCCUACUCUGUUCGGUGUUGCUUCCGUGAUUAACCACAUCUCCGAGAUAUUCGCCUAUUUUUUCAGCUUCAAGCUGAUCCGUCAGCUCGGUCACGUAAAGGUGUUGUGCAUGGGAUUAGGUGGAAACGUUCUCCGUUUUCUCUACAUAUCUUGGUUGACAACGCCCUGGUGGGUGUUGCCUUUCGAAUUCAUUCAAGGAAUAACUCACGCCGCUGUUUGGGCCGCGUGUUGCAGCUACAUAGCUCACAACACACCCCCGCAGUUGCGCACCAGCGCGCAAGGUGUCCUUCAAGGUGUCCAUCACGGUCUUGGCAGAGGAUGCGGUGCUGUAAUCGGUGGCAUGUUUGUCGAUGCUUACGGAACAACCGCGACCUUUCGAGCCUAUGGUCUGUUUUGCAUCGUGGUUCUCGGUGGGUUCGUGUUUAUCAAUUUCUACAGAAAGGACACAGGCUUCGUAUCGAAUUUGCCGCAAACGGAAGAUCCUCGCCAAGUAGCCGAGGCCACGCACUUGGCGCCGCACGGGGUGCCGAGCAACGCCAUACCUCGAGCAUUGAGCUCGACGCGUCUGCACGAGCUGGCUAAUCAGGACUCGGGCUACGGCGCUACUUAUCAAACCUCGGCCGGCAACCUCGGUGUACCCGGUGCAAAUGGAGGUCCCGUGAAUCCGACGAAUCCAUUUCUGAACAGUGGAGGCGGCGGCGGAGGUGGAUUCAAUUACGGUAUGACUGGCAAAGGCGAGGACGAGUAUAUCCGUAGGAGCUUCCAGCUUUACAAUGAAGCGGUUAGCCGGGAAUUCGAUCUGGUCAAGCCACCGCCGAUAGUAACCCAUCUACACGCUCAACAACCAUGCACCAAUCCUUUUCAUCAGCACGACUACGAGUGGUAACACUCCCGAUCGAUCGAUCCCCGUAAUGCUGUUCGACACUGACACCACCGGAUUCGGUUCGUUCUCCAAAGAACCAAUAACCAUCAGGAGGACCAUGUUUCGAGAGCUAUCCAUGCAGUGACCAAUGCUUUUCGCGGAAACGUUAAACUCGCCGAGAAGCUCUUCGGUGCCCUGUCGAGCUGCGUCCCGUUCACUGUACAUAUGUAUGUUAAAUCGUCGCCGUCAACUAAUGUCAUUCUAAAGAAAAAGUGUAUCUAUAACGUGACCGAUUUCUCGAGGAAUCCAAAGGGUAUAAUCGCGAUAGAAGAGUGGAUACCAACAGCCGCCUAACCAUAUUUUCAUUUUAUUAUUCGUUGUUGCGUUAGGAUACCGAGCUUUUGUUUUAAAUGUUCAAACUCGGAUAUCGAACACUGUGGGAGACAAGAACGUUUGGAAAAUUGAAUAAAUCAUUUGCGCGAUUUAAUGAUUCGGUUAAUCGAUCGACGCGACGCGACGCGACGCGACGCGACGCGACGCGACGAUAAGACUGAUGAACGAAGCAGCGGUGGAUCUCGAAUUUCACGAUAUCUGUUCCUCGAGACUCGAGACACCGAACGCUCGAAUCGCUAUCUCAUUUACAAUUUUCAAGGGAAUCGAUCGCGCUUAUCAGGCUACCGAGGAGUUUGAACGAAACGAGAUUUACGAUGAUCGCGAUCGUUAGAAACGAUGCUCCUAAGCCUCCCGAAUCGGUCUCAACUUUCAAUAAUUCCAUUCGAUGAAAAUACGCGCGCAAAACGAACAAACGUUACCCGAUAUGGAUGUAUUUUGUUAGAAUGUAACGGUGUUGGUCUCGUGGUACGUGGUCACUUCUAUCGCCAACGAUGCUUCGCGCGAGAUCGCAAAGCAUUCGGAUAGUCUUAAUUAGACCGUGAAAUUUCAACUACAUCGAACGCGAUCUAUUCGUGGCUGACAAUGAGUCAGCAUUAGCAUCUAAUUACAAGCCGCGCGUUAUCGAAAAUUGUACGUUUCGAAUCCAUCCGAGGUUAUAGGAAAGAAUCCGUCGAUUGUAUAUCCCGGUUUGUCGAUUCUUUUUCUCGUCGGGCAGGUACUCGGUGAACAAAGAUAAGUACGACGAGUUCGACAAAAACUAGAACCCAGCUACACACGAAAGGACGAGAAGAGAAGAGAAGAGAUCGCGUGUUACGUAGACUACUCCGCACAAUUAAAAAUGUUAUUGUACAGUCGAAUAACAGUGUCUUUCGUGAUAAAUCUAUACACGAUACACGAUACGUAUACAUGUUUCUAAUUAACACGAGCCACGGGUUCGCUUCAACGAGAAUAUUUAUCCUACGAACUUGCAUUCCACGAUAGCAUCCGAGCGCGUUUCUUCUUCUCAUCCGUCAGCGAAUACGAAUCGACGAGACGCUCUAGCAAACUCUUUCUCGAGUUGUCUAUCUCGCUAGAUUGCUCGAAAUUUUCACGUAUUCGAGAUACCCAACGAAACUGUUUCUCGCUUUUUUGUUGUUGUUCGAAUUCGAGAAACGGUGAAACUCAAACAUCGCGCCCGCAAAUCAGACCGUCUAGAUUUACUAUCGCGCGUCUACGUAUUUACGCGUAAUCGCAUGCUUUGCUGCUUCUGGUUCCAUCGCGAUUUUCGGCUCGGACUGCAUCUGCCAACUUCCGGAAUUGGAUAAAUAAUGAAAAACACGAGAAUCGUCAACAGCCAUUGUAAAUAAUGUCCCCUCUCUAGCCUCAACCACGGCAUCCUCCCCAUCCUUUCCUCUAUCGCGUGAAUAUUACAAACCCGUGUUUCUCGUUCGUUGUUGUUUUCUAUUUUUAGGCUGGACGAUCCGUGCUGUAUCUGUAAAACGCUUCAUUUGUACCGUUAUCAGGUAGAGAGUUUAUCUCCAAGUAAAUUGUAUCGUAUUGUUUACCGUAUAAGCAGACACAUUUUCUCGUGAUAGCUGUACGAUACUGUUAUAUAAUAGAAAUUGAUUAAGCGGGUCGGUAAUGAAGACGGAAAUCGAGAUAAGCAUUUUCGAUGUUAAAUAUUUGAGAAGAGAAACGUUAGAGAUGUUGGAGAGAAACGUUGUCCGAUGGUUUACGUGUUUGCAUUCUUACGACAUUUAACGAGUAUCUGUCCAAUUAAUCGAAAAGAUCCAAAUGUCUGGACGAUUCGCGAAUAUACAUAUAUGUAUAUAUACAUAUACUCGGUAGAGUGAUCGUAAAUCGUAAAAAUUCGAUCAAUUAUCACAGACGAGCAUGCGGACAACUUGGUUCUUUUCGUCGUCUCGCGUCGCAAAGCAGGAUAAAACCAAGUUAACUUUUGUUUUCCGUGGCACAAGCUAGAUGUAACGUUCUACUUACAUACAUUGUCGCAGUUAAAGUUAAGCCUAGUCUAGCGUUAUCGUUAUCGUUACCGUUACCGUUACCGUUACCGUUACCGUUCAAACAGUACCGAUUGCAAUAUUAACUGCAAGUCUGUACGCGUCGAGAUACACACAGAGAGAAAGAGAGAGCAUUCCGCGCGAAACCCACCCCUACGGGAGGUAUUACUUUUCGAGGACACCUUCCACCGAAAUUGACUAGAGUCAAUCGAAGAGUUGUACUUAGCGUUUUCUAGUCCAGUGUCCAUCUACGCGGUUCAGGCAUCGUUUGGAACACAUUCCGAUGAAAAUACAGAUAAACAAGUAAUACCAGAAAUACUUAUCGAUCGAUUAUUUAUCGUUGUAUCGCGAUAGAUGGUUAUAGACUACCGAAAAGGCACAUCGAACGCUUGAAAUUAGUUAUUUAUUCCUUGGAAAAUUUUUUAAUUUCCCAAGUUCUCUACAGUUUCGCUAUUCUCCUGCUAUUAGAUUGAUUACGCGUCUCACCUGGUGAAAGGCGUGCUCGAAAUAAAUGCAAUGAAAUUAUCAGUGA